AUGCACGUCCUGACGCCCAAGGAGACGGGCGCGCUCCUGUCGGCCCUGCGCGCCGGCGAGGAAGGCGCCCUGGAGGCCACCCGCCAGGCGCUGAAAGAGCACUUUCCCGGGGAGGGCGACCGGUUCAGGUCCUGCUGCGCGCUCGUGCUCUUGCUGCAGGACUACGUCCUGGUCGCCAGGGCGCAGCGGGUGGCGGCGCUGUUCGCCCUGCUGGACGCCUACCGGUCCGCCCCGCCGGUCUCGCACCCCUUUCUGCCCUUCCUGGUCGGAUUUUGCGGCGGCGGGGCCGGGGACGAGGCGGAGAAGGACCUCGUCGCGGGCGUGCUCGUCGGGGAAAGGAGCCUCGGGGAUGUAUCGGCCAGGUCUGGGGCGGAAUUCAUCGCGACUUGGAGGCCGCAUGACGCCACCGUGCCGACUCGUGAGGAGAGGCUGAUGGAUCUGAUCCAGCGCCAGCGGGCGGUGGGCGGCAAUGCUGACACCAGCGUGUUCCGCCGUGCGGCGAUCCAUCGCGCUGUCCUGGACGCCGGCGGUGCUCCCGCCCUGGGCGGGCCCUCUGGAGGCGUUGAGCGGCGUCCGGAUUUGAGCGCUUACGCCUGCGGGGUGGGGGUGGCGGGAUUCGAGCCCACCUUCGUUCGGCCGCAGCCCCCUUUGAUGGCGCCAAUCGAUUCAGAAAUCCAGUGGAUCGAGCCCUGGCCAUCACAGGGCUUGGUCUGGGACGGCAGCGCUGGGGCGGACUCCUCCGGCCUCCGUGUGGUGAGUGAUCUCAUUCAAAGGGCGCUGGAAGGGCCGCUGCUGCCCUGGCAGCAGAAGCAAGUCCUGCAGGAGCUGAUGAACGAGCCCAAGCUGGCAUACUGCUGUGGCUUGACACCAGAGUCGCUGCCUCAGCUAGUGGAGAACACACCGGCCAUUGCAUAUGAGAUCCUGCUCAGGUUAAUGAACUCCAACCUGAUUGGCGACUAUCUGCAAGUGCUUGUGAAGAUGAGCAUGUCACUCCACUCCAUGGAAGUGGUGAACAGGCUGACGACGGCUGUCAACAUUCCUGAGGAGUUUGUGCACUGCUACAUCUCGAACUGCAUCGCAUCCUGCAACCAGGUGGAGGACAGGUACAUGCAGAGCAGGCUUGUGCGGCUUGUCUGUGUGUUUCUUCAGAGCCUGAUAAAGAACCGCAUAAUAAAUGUCCAGGACCUUGUGCAUGAGCUCCAGGCGUUCUGCAUAGACUUCUCCAGAAUACGUGAGGCUGCAAGCCUAUUCCGCCUCCUCAAACAAAUGGAGUUGGACAAUUGGGGUGAAGGGAGCUCCAAUGAUGUGGGGGAUGGGUCACCAAGGCAAAAGGGGGGCUAG